AUGGACAUUGCAGCCACUUGCAUCAACGAUAUUAUACGACAACUGGAAGAUCCUACAAUUCUCUGUGAUCCUGCCGCAUGUCGAAAUCUCAUGGCCAAGGUGAUGAAUAUGAUUGGCCGGGGUGUGGAUGUUUCAAACCUUUCCCCACACAUCGCCAAACUUCUUGCCCACCCUGACCCAAUGGUGAAAAAAGUCGCCUGUGAAUUUGUCUGUGUACAAACAGAGAAAAGCUCUGACCUCAUGCUACUUGUUGUGAAUUCUCUUCUUCGUGACUGUUCUGACAGCUCUCCCAUGACGAGGGGUCUCUCCCUCCGUACGCUUAGCUCAUUAAGGCAAGAAUCAGCCUCGGAACACAUCCUACAAGCCGUACAGAAGGGUCUUGUUGAUCACAGUUCAUACGUACGACGGAUAGCCAUUUUGUCUGCAGUAAGAUUGCACCGUCUCUCCCCGGAUCUAGUCAUCGAGAUGGGUAUUGUGGAUAAAUUGUAUAGCCUAAUCCGGGAUUCAGAUCCAGUUGUUGUGGUUAACUGUUUGCUAGCUUUGGAGGAAAUCCUUAAAGACGAGGGUGGGGUUGUCAUCAACCAAAAAAUGGUGUACCACCUGCUUCUCAGUAUGCCCAAAUUUACCAGCUGGGGUCAGGCUUAUGUGCUAACUCUUCUCAAAAAGUAUACGCUGAAAUCGGAAGAAGAGACCUUUGACAUUCUAAAUAUUUUAGAUACCCAUCUACAGGAAUCAUCCUAUUCUGUUUUCAUGCAUUCCCUGCAACUUUUCCUCCUUUAUAUCAGUACGCUGCCACAUUUGAAAGAAAAGGUUCUUUUUCGAUGUAAGGAAAUGUUUGUUUCAGGAUUAAACUCAGGAAAUGUCGAACUCACUUAUUCUAUCAUUGUCUUCAUUGAGAAUUUCUUGGAUGAUUCGAAAUCUGUAUUUUGCGAAUGUUACAAAUCAUUUUUCUGCCGCUUCAAGGAACCCCCUUACCUGAAAAUAAGAAAGAUCGAAAUCCUGCCUCGAUUGGUCACUCCCCAUAACUUUCUAGAAAUUCUCGGGGAACUUCGCAUGUAUUGUUCUGAAGUAUCUUCUAUGGUUUCCUUCAGUGCCAUGAAAGCUAUUGGUCAAAUCUCCAAGCAGGACACUGACUACUUUGAUCGCUGUGUCCAGAAACUUGAAGAGCUUUUAGAGAUUCCGGAAGAUAGUGUCUGGGCAAAUGUUCUUCAGGUCUUUGAAUUGCUCGAUCUGAGGUCUUACGCACGUCUUGACAAUCUCAUGCAAAUCAUCUGUUCAAAGAGUCAUCUCCAGCCAACCAAUGAGAACGGCUGUUGUGCUAACCUUUUCCUGAUUGGUGAAUACGGUCACCUGUUGGAUGACAGUCCGUACAUCUUAGAGGAGUUCAUUGGUAACUACCUGGAAGAGUGUCCGGAUGUCAUAAGGACAUAUCUGCUGACUGCCGUUAUGAAAUUGUUUCUCAUGCGUCCAGCCAAAUGCCAACACCUGCUUGGACGUUUGCUGGAGGUAUGUGUUGCUUCGCGAAACAAAGACCUCAACAGUAAAGCAUAUAAUUAUUAUUAUUUGUUAAAACAAGGCCCAGAAUUUGCCAAAGAAAUUGUUUUAAAUAAAAGAUUUUCUCAUUGA